CAGCCAAAACAAACUCCCGCUGAUGGUUUGCCUCUUGCCUCUGGUCUCUCUGGCCUGCUUCUAGACUGCAGCCGAGGGACCCUCAGUGCUCAGAGGGAGGAGCAGAGGAGUUCACCAGCCCUCCCACCUGCUAUAAGACCAGAAGCAGACGGAAACACUCAGACAGCAGGCACACGUGGAGCAAGGAAGCAGAGAGAGAGAAGGACGUUAAGAGAGACUGAGAGAGAGAGAGACCAACAGAAAGCAAGAGCGAAUCAAACUGCUGCCACAGACUUGGAGUAGUUUGUGCUAUCGGGGCUGAAACAGACAAAAAUAGUAACAAAGGACCAAGACAGAGGUCUAAAGAAGAAAAGGAGGACAAAUCAAAAGACAUUUGACUUCAACAUGUCAUUUUAAAUUUGACUUUCAUUCAAAGGAUUAACUGAGAGAAGAACUGACUUUUGGGAUGUGAAGUGUUUAUGGAUUGAAAGAGAAAUAACCUGCAGCCACCUGUGACACAGCAGCUCUGAGGUCAAGUUGCUCUUGACUGGGAUCAGCUUGUUGAUCUUUUAAACCAAGCCUAACUCAGCAUCAUAAGGGCUACAUCUGACUCACUCUGCUUAACAAAUUUUCAAACGAAGAGGUUUGGGGUACAGUAGCAAUUUACGGGUCGGAUACCUUCAGUCAGCAGCAUCCACAGUCAAAAUUUGCUGAACAACUUCUGAUAACCAACUUCUAAACAUUAGCAGUUGAACCUCAGCAAGGAUUGACCAGUAACUGUGAGAGCCUUGUCGCAGAGAAGAUGACUUUUGCUAUGCUGCGCACAGCGCCUCCCACAGGCCGCUUCUUGUAUGGUGACAUUGCCCUGCUCUCUGAAGAUGAUGAUGAGAAUGGGAGCGAGGGGUCAGGCUCUGAGGAGCGUACCACCAACUCCUCCAACUCUGCUGCCUUCCGCCUGUCCUCGUCAUCGCCAUCUGCCUUUCACAUCAAGGUGAACAGGAAGAGGAAGCUGUGCGGGGGAGUAGGGGGUGGUGGGGUAGAUGUAGAGGCCAUGGCGGGGAGGCUUGGCCCCCCGAGGUCUUCUCCCGCUCCGGAGGGUCGCCAGAGGACUGCAGCCAAUGCACGGGAGAGAGAUCGUACCAAUUCUGUCAACACAGCAUUCACAGCACUGCGUACACUCAUCCCCACCGAGCCUGCAGACAGGAAGCUGUCAAAGAUCGAGACACUACGUUUGGCCAGCAGCUACAUCAGCCACCUCGGUAACGUCUUGCUCCUGGGCGAGGGGCUUCAUGACGGACAGCCGUGCCACGCUCCAUCACCACCGUUCUUCCACGUUAACUCCUCCCCCCCCAGAGGAUCUGACCAAUCAGCUCAGCCGAAGCACAUCUGUACUUUCUGCCUCAGCAACCAGAGGAAAAUGAACAAAGACAGAGACAGGAAGACGGCCAUCAGAAGUUAACAAUGAGGACACAAACCACAUGGAUACAAUGCUCGUCAGUUUGAGGGGGAUUACAGUGAUUUUACACUUACAGCAACUUGAAGACUCAUCAGACUUGUCAAAGACUUUUGAAGGACUUCUUUAGCACUUCCAGGACUUUACAAGGAGCUUUACCAAGCAUUUUUGCUUUUUUUAAAAAAAACUUUUUAUAUAAUUUUACAAGAACAUUUUUUUUUUUUUUUACUUUUUAAGAUGUUUUCAAAUUGUUUGAAACACAUCUGAAAAGCUGAACGGUACUUUUAAAGGACUUUCACGUGAUUAUCAAGACCAUGAAGAACCUUUCAACAACACAUAUGAGAGACUUUCUUUUUUUUACUGUAUUGUUCAAAGACUCAGUGAUGAACUCAGUCUGAUGAACUUAUGGCACAUGAUCGAAAAACACACAGAACCUAUGAAAGACAAAUUUGUAUUCAUCAAAAGCUGUGUGUUGUUAAUGUGUAAACUGAAAUAUAAAUGUAUAUUUAUGUGACAUAACAUUAUAUAAUGAAACUAUGUUAUUUAACCGGCAUUGACAUUCAUGAUAAAUAAUAAGAGGCAGAAAGAUGCAAAACAUUGGCUAUUGACACAGUUUAUGACUUCAGAGAAAAUGUGCUGGACAUUUUGUGUUAUUGGUUAUUUCAAAUAAUAAUUUCUAAAAAAUGUCUUAAUGCUGAAAAAUAGCUCAAGAUGACCAAUAAAUUGUUUGUAUAUGUGGGAGUUCAUUAAACUGUCGCUGGUAUUUUGAGCCUAUUGUACUCUCAAAUCCUGCCCAGUUCCAACUAAUAAACAUUAUAAAAGUUUCCACUGUGAAACUAUCCUAAAGAGA